GUGCUGGGUGUAGAGUGGAUGAUGGUGAGGCUGAGGCAGGAGGAGGAUGCUCUGAGCUGGACCGGCGCUGGGCGCUCGCGGGCUGAGGUCACCGGACGGAGUGCUGACCGAUGAGGAGACACGUCUCUGCUGCAGUGAAGUGAAGCUCCGCUGCCCUCAAACAUGCAUAUCUGGGUAUCGGUCGUCUCGUUCGUCGCCACGUCGCUGAGCUUUGCCGAGAUGCUUGACAUUUACGGGGAGAUCUGCGGAGGGCUGUGCGCUUGUGAAGAGCGAGAUGGAGUUUUGACAGCUAGCUGUGAAAACCGAGGCAUCGUCAGCCUCUCUGAUGUUGGGCCUCUGCACUUCGGCACGUACCACCUCCUGCUUACGGGCAACCUCCUCAAAAAACUUUCUCUUAAUGAAUUCUUGCAUUACGAAGGACUCACCAUUCUGCAUCUAGGAAACAACGACAUUGCUGAGAUCGAGAGCGGGGCUUUUAACGGACUACAGGGACUAAAGCGCUUGCAUCUGAACAACAACAAAAUCGAAGCCCUGCGGGAAGACACUUUCGUCGGCCUCGACAAUCUGGAGUAUCUUCAGAUCGACUACAACUACGUCAGUCACAUUGAGGCGAAUGCCCUCAACAGGCUCCGUCAUCUGGAGGUGCUGAUCUUGAAUGACAACCUGCUGUCUUCCCUGCCAAGAAACAUUUUUCAAUUUGUUCCCCUGACGCAUCUCGACCUCAGAGGGAACCAGCUCAAACUGCUCCCCUAUAGCGGCCUUCUGGAGCACAUGGGCAGGAUUGUCGAGCUGCAACUUGAGGAGAACCCAUGGAACUGUUCUUGCGAGCUCAUAGCACUGAAAGCCUGGCUGGAGAGCAUCUCCUACACAGCAUUGGUGGGAGACGUGGUUUGUGAGACGCCGUUCCGGCUGCACGGCAGAGACCUCGACGAGAUCUCGAAGCAGGAGCUUUGUCCCAGGAGAGCAAUUGCUGAGUACGAGAUGAGAGCAGAACCAGUUCACGGUGCAGAGGGCAUCUUCAGGACAACAUCUUCUGCUACAGCCAGCGCUUCCUUUACCUCCUCCAAUAUCCAGCGCUCAAUGCGUCCCACAAAGAGCCCACGUCAGUCAGGGAAGCUACGUGCCAAACCCACCUCACGGGUCUCCUCCAGCAAGCCUCAGAACUACGGCCCAAUGGUGGCUUACCAGACCAAAUCACCAGUAUCCCUAGACUGCCCUACUGCGUGUACUUGCAACCUCCAGAUUUCAGACCUCGGCUUGAACGUCAACUGCCAAGAGAGAAAGAUUGAGAGCAUCUCGGAUUUAGAGCCCAAACCUUACAAUCCAAAGAAGAUGUACCUCACAGGAAAUUACAUCCCUUCCGUUGACAGUUCAGACUUUACGGAAACUACCGGCUUGGAUCUGCUUCACUUAGGGAACAAUCGUAUUUCUGUUAUCCACAGCAGGGCAUUUGAGGACCUGGUGCACUUACGGAGGCUUUAUUUAAAUGGGAACUUAAUUGAGCGACUCACAGAUGACAUGUUCUAUGGCUUGGAAAGCCUGCAGUUUCUUUACUUGGAAUACAAUGUCAUUCGAGAGAUUGCGGCAGGCACCUUCGAGCAAGUACCCAGCCUUCAGCUGCUCUUUCUCAACAACAACCUUCUCAAAGCUUUACCCCUGGGAGUGUUCAGUGGAUUGAGUCUGGCGCGACUGAACCUGCGAAACAAUCACUUUCGCAGCCUGCCGGUCGGCGGAGUUCUGGAGGAAUUGACAUCCGUAGUGCAGAUAGAUCUGUUUGAGAAUCCCUGGGAUUGCUCCUGUUCUAUUGUGGAGAUGAAAAACUGGCUAGAACAGCUCAGCGCCGGAACUGUGGUGAACAGUGUGAUUUGUGAGUCCCCCCCAAGGCUCUCGGGAGAGGAUAUGCGCUACAUUCAUUCCACUCAUCUCUGCCCAAACAACUCAAACACCCCGGCAUCUGUCGUUCCGCCCUCGGAGGAAUCUUUCCCAGGCAGCACCAUUACGUUGGAGACUGCACUGGAUUUUGAUACUCAGUAUCCCAUGAUUCCUCUCUCUGUGCUUAUUCUCGCUUUGCUUCUCAUCUUCAUCAUGUCUGUGUUUGUUGCUGCCGGGCUUUUCGCGGUCAUGAUGAAGCGACGCAAGAAGGCAGAGCGCUCUGCUUCCAUGGGCGCCACCAUGACCUCUUUCAACACCCUUUACAGCGACCGAUCGUCAGCGAAGGUCAGGACCUCUGCGGGUCACGUGUAUGAGUACAUCCCUCCUCCAGUAGAGGGCGCAUCCAAAAGAGCCCCCUAUGGAACAGGAGAGGGCACAGGGGAAGGGUACAGAGACUUCGACGAGCUGAACGGCACCUUGGCGUCCAACUCGGACGAGGAUGUCGGGAGUACAGCGAUUGGCUCGGAAUUCAGCGCCUGCACGCCAGAUCCUCUCAGAUCAUCUCCGCUGCAAGAGGACUAUUUUUAUCGCGACAUCUUGGCGAGAGACCAGCAGGCGGCCUACAGGGCCAGUCUGCCGUGUAAACAUGGUACACAUGUUUCAACUCACUAUGCACCAGACUUCGAUGUCAGACAUCAGUACUUGCACCCAGACAGGAUACAGCAGACCAUGGUGUACUGCUCGUCGCCUGCCACGGCCUACGUGGAGCCGAACCGGAGCGAAUACUGGGAACUAAAAGCCAAGCUUCAUUUUGAGCCGGACUAUCUGGAGGUUCAUGAGAAAAGAACAACGUUUACUCAGUUCUGAGUUGCUACACCGACUUCCUUCUUGCCUCUGGUAUCGUGAAGGGUUAUAAAUUGAAUUAACUUCUUUAUGAUCUCAUUUGAAACAGACUAGACUCAGAGAUGUUGAGAUAUGAGACCCUUGUUUUAUUUAUCGCCUUUUCUACAUGCAAUCCUUCAGAAAGGCCUUCAUGCUCCUCAAAGAGCAAGGAGAUACAAUCACUUACUGAUCUACAGCAUGUAAUCAGGGGUGCCCAGCGUUAGUUCUGAACUUCUACCACCCUGUAGAGCAGUGUUUGGUCCUGGUGAACUCUUGCCUGCUCUAAUGUAUUAUCUGCAAUAUUCUGAAAGGGCUUGUUACUGAGCUUAUCAGUUGAAUUUGGUCUACUGGGAACAGAUUGAACACUAAUUGUGCAAGGCAGGGAGCUCCAGAACCAGGUUUGAGAAACUUCAAGCUCAAGUAAACCUGUUUCUGCUCAGGUUUUAAUUGCCAGGUUUAGUUUAAGUCUGUUCAAGCAGGUUGACUGUAGAAAAAUCAGCCAAUUGUGCUCCAGACUCUGGACCUUCAACGCCUAUCUUACUGCCUGGAGUCACAGCUUUAAGGUGAGAGUUAAGUACAGGUUUUUAUAGCAUUAAUAAAUCCAACUGCUGCACUGCUCACACUUAGAGCAAGUGGGAGUUAAUUAUGUAAGACGAAUAACAAAAAUUUAAUCUGAGCUAACAAACAUGCGGCGCGCUGUGAUUUAUUCCAGCGCUCUGAUCCUGAAGCUCAUCCACAGCUCAGCUCAGAGAAACCCUGCAGAGACUCAGAUUCCAACACGGACUGCUGGUGUUGUUUGGUCAGAAUUCAUUAAGGCCUAUUUCAAAUACGCCAAGCAUUCAAUGUGAUUUUCAGCAGGAAAUAUGAAAAAUACUUAAAAAAUAAAUAGUUAAACUGGUGGGAUGCAUGAAUUGAGCCCAGAUAACAUGCCCAUCAGGGGUCUAUACAGCUCUGAAAGAAAUAAAGAGAGCACCUAAAAGUGAUGAGUUUCUUUAAAUAUAACAAUUAAAAACCUCUGGAAUAUAAUCAAGAGGAAGAUGGAUGAUCACAAACCAUCAAACCACCAAACUGAACUGCUUGAAUUUUUUUGCACCAGGAGUAAAGCAGCAUAAAGUUAUCCAAAAGCAGUGUGUAAGACUGGUGGAGGAAAACAUGAUGCCAAGAUGAAUGAAA